CCUCAAUCAUGAAACUCGACUAAAUCAAGAUUAGCUCGAAUAGUGUUCGAUCCUCAACGAUUGAGGCCGUCUCCCAUCUGGGUUUUUGUUUUCGCAUCACAGAUUUAUAGGGUUUGACUUUUCUGAUUUCGACUAUUUCUCGUUUGGGGUUUUUGAUAUUACACUUAUUCAUCGUUGCCCGUUUGAUAUUGUUAAUUCGUGAAUGUGGAAUGAAAUUCUCGAGCUCCAAUUCGUUGGUGGGGUUUCACUUGUUAUGUAGUUUGUUUUGUUUCUGGGAUUUUGAUUGCAAUCCUCCAUAGUUUUUGUAAACGAUCGAAUUGUUCAAUUGACUUCUGAAUUAGGUUUAGAUUGAUUUCUUAUGGUUACAGAGAUGGCGGCAAUUGUGCCAUUGAAGAAGAUGAUAGCCAUUUGCCAAUAUGGGGGCGAAUUCGAGACGAAUGAAGAUGGGUCGAUGUCAUAUAUUGGUGGGGAGGCCUAUGCUGUUGAUCUUGAUGAAAAUAUGCAGUUGAGUGGUUUCAAGCAAGAAAUAGCCGAAACUAUCGAUUCGACUGUGGAUGGGAUGUUGAUUAAGUAUUUCUUGCCUGCGAACAAGAAGAAUCUGAUUACUGUUUCUAAAGAUAAAGAUUUUAAUAGAAUGGUGAGCUACUAUAAAGAAUCUGAUCAGCUAGAGGUGUUUAUAAUGAAAGAAGCUGCACCAGCUAAAUUUCCGAAGAAGAAGCAGCCUGCUCGUAGAUCGCAAAAGAGACCGGCCGAGACAGAAGUGGCAGUGGUUCAGCCCGUCGUCGAUCUUGGCCCGACCAGUAUAGUCCCUCUUAAUGAAAUUAUCGACAUAGAAACAACCAAUGAAAUCGCUCCAAUUUCCGAUCCAAUCUCCAUCAAUCCUUUCCCUACGUCUGUGAUCGAUAACGAGCAGCACAUAGCUGCAAAACAAUGGGAGAAUCUUAUAACGGGAGUUGGCCAAAGAUUCCAUUCAUUAGCUGAAUUCCGAGAGGCUUUAAGGAAGUAUUCAAUCGCUCAUGGGUUCAAUUAUGUAUACAAAAAGAACGAAAAUCAGCGUGUUACUGUGAAAUGCAAAUCCGAAGGUUGUCCAUGGCGCAUUCAUGCAUCACGGCUAUCGACCACCCAAUUAGUUUGUAUUAAGACCAUGAAACCAACCCAUAGUUGCCAGGGAGGUUCGAUAAAACCUGCAUUUCGAGCUACAAGAAGUUGGGUCGGAAAUCUGAUAAAAGAAAAGGUGAAAGAUUCUCCGAAGAUUAAGCCGAAGGAUAUUGCAAAUGAUCUUAAACGGGAAUAUGGAAUCGAGCUGAAUUAUUCGCAAGCCAGGCGUGCGAAAGAAUACGCAAGAGAGCAGCUUCUAGGAUCGUAUAAAGAUGCAUACAGCGAGUUACCAUAUUUUUGCGAGAAAAUAAUGGAAACGAAUCCGGGGAGUCUUGCUAUUUUCAAUACGAAAGAGGAUUCGAGUUUUCAUCGCCUCUUUGUUUCUUUCCACGCCUCGAUAUCUGGUUUCAUACACGGUUGCCGCCCGCUCAUUUUCCUUAAUAGCACGCCUCUGAACUCGAGAUACCAAGGGAUGUUGCUGUCUGCAACGGCGGCAGAUGCGGAUGACGGGGCUUUUCCGGUGGCAUUUGCUGUAGUGGACGAGGAAACAGAUGAUAACUGGCGGUGGUUUUUAUGUGAACUCAAACUUGCUGUGUCGGUCGUUGGACAAAUUACGUUUGUUGCAGAUUUUCAGAAAGGUUUGCGGGAGUCUUUGCCGGAAAUAUUUGGCGCCGAGUGUUAUCACGCUUAUUGUCUCGGUUAUUUAGCCGAGAAACUUAACAAAGAUUUGACGAGCCACUUUUCACACGAUGCUAGACGACUUAUGGUCGAAGAUCUGUACGCUGCUGCUCAUGCACCAAAACUCGAGGGUUUCGAGAAAUGUACAGAAGACAUCAAAGCCAUUUCUCUCGAAGCCUACAAUUGGAUCAUUCGUAGUGAGCCCGAGCAUUGGGCUAACGCCUUUUUUGGCGGGUUGAGAUAUAACCAUAUGACAUCCAAUUUUGGCCAUCUUUUCUACGCGUGGGUCUCAGAGGCAAAUGAGUUGCCGAUAACUCAAAUGAUCGACGAAUUAAGAGGCAAAAUGAUGCAGCUGAUAUACACACGAAGAGUUGAAUCGAGUCAGUGGAUUACGCGAUUAACGCCAUCUAUGGAGGAAAAGCUAAAGAACGAAAUCUUUAAAGCACACUCGGUUCAAGUUUUACGAUCACACGGAAGCAAAUUUGAGGUCCGAUUUGGUGAAAUGAUCGAUAUUGUUGAUAUCGAGAACUGGGAUUGUAGCUGCAAAGGAUGGUUGGUUACUGGUUUGCCUUGUUGCCAUGCUAUAGCUGUUCUUGAAUCUUAUGGCAGGAGCCCUUAUGAUCAUUGUUCAAGAUAUUUUCAUGUUGACACCUACCAAAUGGCGUAUGCGGAGUCGAUUCACCCGAUACCGAAUGUCGAAAGAUUAAUGGAUAUUGAAUUAGAUGAUGGUUCGAUUGUCGUUACGCCUCCGCCCACGAUUCGCACACCGGGAAGGACAAAGAUACGGAAGGUUCCAGUAGGUCAGGUCGGACCAGCCGACUUUCUUAAACGCCAACUCCAAUGCGGGAAAUGUAAAGGGCUCGGUCACAAUAAGCGAUCAUGCAAAGAGGAUCACGAAUAGUGCACAACUUCUCGAAGAGGACAGGGUGCUCGGGAACGACGAUUUGGAGUCGUAAUAUGCUCGUUGCAGCAAGGCGGUGGAUCGAAAUCGGUCAGAAUUCAUAGCAUGUUUCUGAUUUUGCUGUCAAUUAAAUGUAAAUGUUGAUAAUAAUUUCAUAGGCAGCCUGGUUUUUUUUGGAGGUUUAAGUUUUAGGGUAGAUUAGUUUAGGGUUGGUUAUUUAUGGUAUUUGAAGUAGUAGGUGAUAUAAAGAGGUUUUUGUCAAGGAAGCAAUGGUUAUUUAUUGCACACUUGGUAGCCAUUUUACACCUUUAAAGGGUUCUUUUUUUAAUAUUUUGUUUUAGUAAAAUUCUUUUUAGAAUAAUAUGAAA